GAGUUUUUUGAGAAUCCUGCCUUUCGCCCAGAUGGCAUGAAGCUAUACCCAACUCUUGUGAUCCGUGGCACUGGCCUCUAUGAACUCUGGAAAACCGGGAGGUACAAAAGUUAUCCUCCAAGCACCCUUGUGGAUUUGGUGGCAAGGAUUCUUGCCCUCGUGCCUCCCUGGACUCGAGUGUACCGAGUACAAAGAGAUAUCCCAAUGCCUUUAGUCACUUCUGGAGUGGAACAUGGCAACUUGAGAGAACUGGCUUUGGCUAGGAUGAAGGACUUGGGAACAGAGUGUCGUGAUGUGAGAACAAGAGAAGUUGGAAUACAAGAGAUACAUCACAAAGUCAGACCCUACCAGGUUGAGCUGGUCCGGAGAGACUAUGUGGCCAAUAGCGGUUGGGAGACCUUUCUUUCUUAUGAAGAUCCUGAGCAGGACAUCCUGAUUGGACUUCUACGUUUGCGGAAAUGUUCGGAGGACACCUUCAGACCGGAGCUGAAGGGUGGUGUCUCGAUUGUCCGGGAACUCCAUGUCUAUGGGAGUGUGGUUCCUGUCAGCAGCCGAGAUCCCUCUAAAUUCCAGCAUCAGGGAUUUGGAAUGCUGCUCAUGGAAGAGGCAGAGAGAAUUGCCAAGGAAGAGCAUGGCUCAUGGAAGAUAGCUGUCAUUUCAGGUGUGGGUACCAGAGAUUACUACAGGAAGAUUGGCUAUGGACUAGAAGGGCCCUAUAUGGUGAAAAGACUGGACUGAAAUUUAGCGAAGAACACCUGAGGCUUUGCAUUUGCACAUUAAGGCCCAGAGCAGAAUGGAGAUGCCAUGGCCCUACUUCAAACAUUGUCUGAACUAGCCAAACAAGGUCUAUUUAGAUCACUUGAUCUCAAAGAGUGGAUUCUCUUUUGAGUAUCACAUUCAAAUCCAUCCAAUGAAUUUUGUUGGCUCUUCUAUAACAGGCAAAAAAAAAGAGAGUUCACCAUUAUUUCAAUUCUCUGAUUAUCAUUUACAAAGGGGUAACAGCCUGGAAACCUUCAGGGUUUCAGAUCUAUGGUAUCAUAAGGCAGGGGUGUCAAACCUGCGGCCAGAUGUGUCACAUGUUGGACAUGCUAACCCCCAUUUUAGCAAAGGGGGGGAAAGUCGUGAUACGUCAUGUGAUGACAACGUGACACCACGAGUUUGACACCCCAUCAUAAGGUGUCUGCAACGUAGACCUUUUUAUAUCAGCUGCAGCUAUUUUUAACAGCGUUGGGCUUUCUUUUGGUUUAGUCUAAUGUUAAGUGACAAUUGCCUCGUGUGCAAGAUUAAACUUGCCACUUUUAGUAUCUGCCGUGUUAGCCUGACCUUCAGUUGUUUACUUGAUAGCCUCAGAGUAUAUCUGGCUUUACAGAUAAAGUUUAUACUCCUACUUGCAGAUACACAAGAGAAAAGGCAUUAUUUCUUCUAUAAAGUAAAAUUGCUCCUGCCAAUUAAAUACAGGUUUUUACAUUCA